UUAAGGUCUGGCUGAAGGUGGUUCCCCCUCCAGAAGCUGGUGCUGGAGCCUGGCUCGCUGAAACCCGAGCUCCUGCUCAGCUGGAGCUGGGGAGGUCCCUGAAAGCAGCACAGCUGGCCAAGGUCCCUGCUCAGCAGUCAGUCAGUCACUCGGGCACCUCCGGUCUGGCUGCGGGAAAGAUGGAGCUGGGCUGGUGCGCGCAGCUGGGACUAGCAUUCCUGCAGCUCCUUCUCAUCUCGUCCUUGCCUAGAGAGUACACGGUCAUUAAUGAAGGCUGCCCUGGAGCGGAGUGGAAUAUCAUGUGCCGGGAAUGUUGUGAAUAUGACCAGAUUGAAUGUGUCUGUCCGGGGAAGAAAGAAGUGGUGGGCUACACUAUCCCGUGCUGCAGGAAUGAGGAGAAUGAGUGUGACUCCUGCCUGAUCCACCCAGGUUGUACCAUCUUUGAAAACUGCAAGGCCUGCCGGAAUGGCUCAUGGGGAGGCACCCUGGAUGACUUCUACGUGAAGGGCUUCUACUGUGCAGAGUGCCGUGCGGGCUGGUACGGAGGAGACUGCAUGCGAUGUGGGCAGGUACUGAGAGCCCCAAAGGGUCAGAUUUUGCUGGAGAGCUAUCCCCUCAAUUCUCACUGUGAGUGGACCAUUCACGCCAAACCUGGGUUCAUCAUCCAAUUAAGGUUCAUCAUGCUGAGCCUGGAGUUUGACUACAUGUGUCAGUAUGACUAUGUGGAGAUCCGUGAUGGGGACAGCAGUGACAGCCAGAUCAUCAAGCGUGUCUGUGGCAAUGAGCGACCAGCUCCCAUCCGGAGCACAGGCUCCUCACUCCAUGUCCUUUUCCACUCUGAUGGUUCCAAGAAUUUUGAUGGCUUCCAUGCUGUUUUUGAGGAGAUCACAGCAUGUUCCUCAUCACCUUGUUUCCAUGAUGCUACUUGUGUCCUUGACCAAGUUGGGUCUUACAGAUGUGCCUGCCUGGCAGGGUAUACUGGAAAGCAAUGUGAAAAUUUCCUUGAAGAAAAAAACUGCUCAGACCCUGGGAGCCCAGUCAAUGGAUACAAGAAAAUAACAGGGGGUCCUGGGCUUAUCAAUGGGCGUUCUGCAAAAAUUGGCACCAUCCUGUCGUUCUUUUGUAACAACUCCUAUGUUCUUAGUGGCUAUGAGAAGAGAACUUGCCAGCAGAAUGGAGAGUGGUCAGGGAAACAACCCGUUUGCAUAAAAGCCUGUCGAGAACCAAAGAUCUCAGACCUUGUGAGACGGAGAGUUCUUCCAAUGCAAGUUCAGACAAGGGGGACACCAUUGCACCAGUUGUACUCUUCAGCCUUCAGCAAGCAGAAGCUGCCAGACCUCCCCACGAAGAAGCCAGUUCUUCCCUUCGGAGACUUACCCCAGGGGUACCAGCAUCUGCACACUCAGCUCCAGUACGAGUGCAUCUCACCCUUCUACCGCCGCCUGGGCAGCAGCCGGCGGACAUGCCUCAGGACUGGGAAAUGGAGUGGACGUGCCCCAUCCUGUGUCCCCAUCUGUGGGAAAACUGAGAAUGGCACUGUUCCCAAGAGCCAAGAGAUGCGCUGGCCGUGGCAGACAGCCAUCUACAGGAGGACCAGUGGAGUGCACAGUAGUGGCAACAUGCACAAGGAUGGCUGGUUCCUGGUCUGCAGUGGUGCCCUGGUGAAUGAGCGCACUGUGGUAGUGGCUGCCCACUGUGUCACCGAGCUGGGGAAGGUCACCAUGAUCAAGACAGCAGACCUCAAAGUCAUCCUGGGGAAAUUCUACCGGGAUGAUGACCGGGAUGAGAAGACCAUCCAGAGCCUUCGGAUUUCUGCAGUCAUCCUGCAUCCCAAUUAUGACCCCAUCCUACUUGACUCAGACAUCGCCAUCUUGAAGCUCUUGGACAAGGCUCGAAUCAGCACCCGUGUGCAGCCCAUCUGCCUGGCAGCUGCUCGAGACCUCAGCACUUCCUUCCAGGAGUCCCGCAUCACCGUGGCUGGCUGGGAUGUCCUGGCUGACGUGAGCAGCCCUGGCUUCAAGAAUGACAUGCUGCGCUCAGGGGUGGUUAAGGUGGUGGACUCGCUGCUAUGUGAGGAGCAGCAUGAAGACCACGGUGUACCAGUGAGUGUCACGGACAACAUGUUCUGUGCAACCCAUGACCCCAGUUCCCCUUCCAACAUCUGCACUGCAGAGACGGGGGGCAUUGCUGCUGUGUCCUUCCCGGGCCGGGUAUCCCCAGAGCCACGUUGGCAUCUGGUGGGUCUGGUCAAUUGGAGUUAUGACAAAACCUGCAGCCACAGCCUUUCCACAGCCUUCACCAAGGUGCUGCCUUUUAAAGACUGGAUAGAGAGAAACAUGAAAUGAGUCUUGAGGCCCUGGAGAAACUACUCUGUGCGUCCACCUGAAUGUUUGUGUUGCACGGGCCAUGGUGUAUCUGUGCUGUGCCGGGGCUUCAGUCUUCAGGCCCCAUGUCAGCAGAGUGUGAGCAGAGCUUACUUUCUGGAAGGCCACUGACAUACCAGGCCAGGACUUGAAGAACUGAGUUUCUUCAAGAAAGACCAUAUAAACAACAGAAAAAUGUUCUCCACUCAACCUGGUAGCUUUCACACUGCCUUUCUGAGGUGAGAAGUCCAUGUUCAGCACUGGUGAAAAGAAGAAUGGCCAGAUGCUCUGGGUUCCAUGAUGUCUCCUCCAGGUCUCCAGCCAGACCAAGUGUCAAAAAGUGGACUGCAAGAAUAUAACAGGAUGUUCUGUACAACUGAUCAUACAAAUCGAUUACAAGUACAGCUUCAGUGUGGGAUUGGCUUCAACGUUCACUGCCACAGUGCAAUGUACUUCUUUUCCUCCCUAAUCCCCUGUACACAUUUUAAUAAAAUGAGGGCUGGCUUAUAGCCCACAGAACAAA